UUUAUGGCAACACUACAAAUAUCGACGAACAAAUGAAAUACGACAACGUCACGUUUGGAUUAGUUUGAUUGAACUUUGAAGAAGAGAAGCUUUCGGCAUUUCAAAAAACUAGUGAAUCUUAGAAUUUUCAUUUUAUUUAGUGAUAAAUAUGGCAGAUAACAAAAGCCCCGAUGAUCUCUCCACCGCGAUCCUCCGUCGCAAGGACAGGCCCAACCGCCUCAUCGUGGAGGAGGCCGUCAGCGACGACAACUCCGUCGUCGCCUUAUCUCAGGCCAAAAUGGAGCAGCUGCAGCUGUUCCGCGGAGACACAGUGCUGCUGAAGGGCAAGAGGCGGAAGGAGACGGUCUGCAUCGUGCUGUCUGAUGACAACUGCCCCGACGAGAAGAUCCGCAUGAACCGCGUCGUCCGGAACAACCUGCGAGUCCGCCUGUCAGACAUUGUGUCCAUCGCUCCUUGCCCCUCAGUCAAGUACGGCAAGAGAGUCCAUAUUCUGCCCAUUGAUGACUCCGUUGAGGGUUUGACUGGAAACCUGUUCGAGGUCUACCUGAAGCCGUACUUCAUGGAGGCGUACCGGCCCAUCCACCGCGACGACACGUUCAUGGUGCGCGGCGGCAUGCGCGCCGUCGAGUUCAAGGUGGUGGAGACCGACCCCUCGCCCUACUGCAUCGUGGCCCCCGACACGGUGAUUCAUUGUGAGGGAGAGCCGAUUAAGCGCGAGGAAGAAGAGGAGGCUCUGAACGCAGUCGGCUACGACGACAUAGGCGGGUGCCGCAAGCAGCUGGCGCAGAUCAAGGAGAUGGUGGAGCUGCCGCUGCGCCACCCCUCGCUGUUCAAGGCCAUCGGGGUCAAGCCGCCGCGGGGGAUACUGAUGUACGGGCCCCCGGGGACGGGGAAGACCUUGAUAGCUAGGGCUGUCGCUAAUGAGACUGGCGCAUUCUUCUUCCUCAUCAACGGCCCCGAGAUCAUGUCGAAACUCGCCGGUGAAUCGGAGUCGAACCUGCGCAAGGCUUUCGAGGAGGCGGACAAGAACUCUCCGGCCAUCAUCUUCAUCGACGAGCUCGACGCCAUCGCGCCCAAGCGGGAGAAGACGCACGGGGAGGUGGAGCGCAGGAUUGUGUCGCAGCUGUUGACGCUUAUGGACGGCAUGAAGAAGUCUUCCCACGUGAUCGUGAUGGCGGCGACGAACCGGCCCAACUCGAUCGACGCGGCGCUCCGUCGGUUCGGCCGCUUCGACCGCGAGAUCGACAUCGGCAUCCCCGACGCCACCGGCCGCCUCGAGAUCCUGCGCAUCCAUACUAAGAACAUGAAGCUGGGCGAUGACGUCGAUCUGGAGCAGAUCGCGGCGGAGUCGCACGGGCACGUGGGCGCGGACCUGGCCUCCCUCUGCUCGGAGGCGGCCCUGCAGCAGAUCCGCGAGAAGAUGGACCUCAUCGACCUCGAGGACGACCAGAUCGAUGCUGAAGUGUUGAACUCGCUCGCCGUGUCGAUGGACAACUUUAGAUACGCGAUGACCAAGUCCUCCCCAUCCGCCCUGCGCGAGACCGUCGUCGAAGUCCCGAACGUCUCCUGGACGGACAUUGGCGGGCUGCAGUCCGUGAAGCGCGAGCUGCAGGAGCUGGUGCAGUACCCGGUGGAGCACCCGGACAAGUUCCUCAAGUUCGGCAUGCAGCCCAGCCGCGGCGUGCUGUUCUACGGACCGCCUGGAUGCGGUAAGACGCUGCUGGCCAAGGCUAUCGCCAACGAGUGCCAGGCCAACUUCAUCUCGGUGAAGGGGCCCGAGCUGCUCACCAUGUGGUUCGGAGAGUCCGAGGCCAACGUGCGAGACAUCUUCGACAAGGCCAGGUCAGCGUCCCCGUGCGUGUUGUUCUUCGACGAGCUGGACUCGAUCGCGAAGUCGCGCGGCGGCUCCGUGUCGGACGCGGGCGGCGCCGCGGACCGCGUCAUCAACCAGAUCCUGACUGAGAUGGACGGCAUGGGCGCCAAGAAGAACGUCUUCAUUAUUGGUGCGACCAACCGUCCGGACAUCAUCGACCCGGCGAUCCUGCGGCCCGGGCGGCUGGACCAGCUGAUCUACAUCCCGCUGCCGGACGAGAAGUCGCGCGAGGCCAUCCUGCGCGCCAACCUGCGCAAGUCGCCCAUCGCCAAGGAGGUCGAUCUCACUUACAUCGCCAAGGUGACGCAAGGCUUCAGCGGUGCCGACCUGACGGAGAUCUGCCAGCGCGCGUGCAAGCUCGCCAUCCGCCAGGCCAUCGAGGCGGACCUGUCGCGCGAGCGCCAGCGCCAGCAGACCACCAACGCCGUCAUGGACCUGGACGAGGAGGACCCGGUGCCGGAGAUCUCGCGCGCGCACUUCGAGGAGGCGAUGAAGUUCGCGCGCCGCUCCGUGUCCGACAACGACAUCCGCAAGUACGAGAUGUUCGCGCAGACGCUGCAGCAGAGCCGCGGAUUUGGCACCAACUUCAGAUUCCCGUCGAGCGCGGCGGGCGGCACGGGCACGGGCACGUCGGGCGGCGACCAGCCCACGUUCCAAGAGGAGGCCGGCGACGACGACCUCUACAGCUAAACGCACUCGCGAGGGCGCGCCGCCAUGCAGCCAACACGACAAACUGCCAACAUGGCCGCCGCAAGGCUGCACCACACACACACAAUGGCGGCUAGCUUGCCCGAGCAAACAGUUCUAGGACUGACUUACUUAUUAAGAAUUAUAGGUACAGUUAUAACGAGGACGGGUGUAUUAGGAUUCGGUAUGUGGAAGAUCUAUAAAAUGGCAUAUUUAACACUUUCAAAAUUUUAAAACUUAAGGUUAUCGCGCUUGUUGGGCGGCGCGCUUUAUAUGUAUUCUAUUUCGUGUAAGAACGUUUGAUUCCUCACCAAUCUAUUUCGAAUGAUGUACAUGUAUUUAUUUUGUAUUUGUCAAUCAUUUACCGGCAUUUUGUUCGUUCGAUUGUGCUUAUGUUUAGUUUAAUGUACGUGAGUCUCGCUUGCGAGAGUAUAAGAUCAUACAAUAUAGAGUAAUUGUUACUGUAUUUGCCGUGUGAGGUCGGUAUCGCUUGUUUAGGAUGCCACGACUGGGCACUAGAUAUUACACAACAUUGCAGUGAUUUUUAAUAAAAGAUUUUUAUAGACCA